AUGUCCGCUUCGAAAAUCUCCAUCGACUCGAGUGUUCUCUCUGAACCAAUGAAAAUUGCUGAGCUUGCGAAUCGUGCUGGUGUUCCUAUCGAGAAGCUUGUUGCCCUUGCGAAAAAGAAACGAAAUGCCAAAGAAAGGGAGGCAGCUAGCUCAAAGCUUGCGAGGAAAAUUCUCAGCCACGCGUUCGCCUCCCGAGAAUUCCUUCAAAAAAACACCCGAAUUCUGGCAAGUCAACUCCUUACUUUCCCGAACAAUGACGAAGUACAGCUUUUUGUUGGGCAACAGCAGGAUUCAAUUCUUGAUGCUUCAAUGAGAAGCGAGACGAGCCUUGAAGAGUCUAUGGGAGAAGACCAUGGCUACGACACAACUGUCAAUAGUCUCGAUGUGUCUCAUGCCAUGUCAUGUGACGAUAGUGAGCUUGUCGAGGAAGACAUCAUUUCUUCUGGAAUCAAGGAUGAUGCCAUCGAAGAAGAACAAACAGCAACAGAUAGUUCCUCCGUGUUGAAGGAUCAAGUCAUCCAGGCGAUUAUCAAUUUUCCGAGAUUCCGGGCGCAUCACAUGGAAAAAAUACUGGAAAUACUUAAUGUUGAUGUUGUGAAUCCAGAUGUGCCGUCCGAUACCGAGUCGACCACUGAUGCAGAGUCAGUCGCUUCUAAUUUCAGUGAUUCUUUGGAAGACGAGAAACUCCCCACAUUGGACAAUAACCGAGAAAAAUUUUCUCUUUUGAAGUUGAUGUCAGAAAGCAACUUGAGUUCCUAUCAAGCUCAAAAUGUCGCAGAAGAACUCAUUCAACCUGAAAAAGCCCGAGGGCUUAGUUCGCGAAAUCUUCGAAGGCUGACAAACUGUUCUGAAGAGUUGAGCACGGAGCAACUCAUCCGGGUCAUCGAGAAUUCCGACGAAUUUGUCCUUGGAACUGACGGCUCGAAAAUCGCUUCGAAAAAUUCCAAAUGCAUUGCAUUGAGCAGUGAUUCCGCCCCGUCCGCAUUGAAAGCCUGCAGGCUCAUCAUGUCAGCCUUGGACAAGAUUCAUCCCCGAGAAAGGCUCCAGUUGAAGUGCAGUAUGCAUAGGGUUGUACAUUGUGAGAAAGGAAUCCGAUCAUGCAUAAAGGGUGUCUUCGAUUCGAUCUUGGAGUUUUGCGAAGCCUACCUUACCUGCAGCCGUAAUCACGGACUACACUCAAGCAAGGGCCAGCAGCUCGAAGUUUACUUGCAGGCUCUGCGUCUUCGGGACGGACUGGAGAGAGUGACAAAGCCUCUAGAAAUGCAAAGCCAUGUUCGCUUUGGCAAUCUCACGCAUAACACCCAACGUUUGGUCGUUAAUUACACCGACAUCACCAGCUUUGUUCGCUAUGAACUUGAACUCGAAGACGAUGCGAAAGUUAUGGAAGAGAACAAAUCGAAAGCAGUUUGCGAAUUCGCCAGCUCUGCAUUGGUUUACAGUGUUAUCGUUGCGCCAUAUUGGAGUCGUGUGUCUGGAUUGUUGUCAUCAGAGAAUUAUUUGGGGCUUGAAGAAUACUUCAUUAAAAUUCUUCGAGAUGUUGCGGAAUGCGCUUCUCCAGCUUUAUUUCUCCUUGAAGAAGCUAAAAAGACUGAAGUCGAGUGGGAGUGUGGCUUUGAAAUGGCUGUUUUGCAAUUGACUGCUGACCAGAACACGUCCAAAUAUCUUGAUGAUUGUAUAAAGCUUCGACUCAAAGCUGUGAAUGAGCGAUUUUCCAAGUUUGCUAUCGACUGCUCAUUUCCUUUUACCAAGGAAAUAACGUUUACGAAUCAGGACUGCGAAAGAAGCUUUUCAAACGCGAAAGAUCUCUUUUCCCGGAAAUUCAACAUGGACACGAAGAAAUUCGAGACCAAUGUCAUGACUCGAUUUAACAUGACCUACAGUUUUUGGCAACGUCAGCCGGAUUUCGAAGAAAAACUCUCGAAGAUAUUGGCUAAGGCCUCUUCAAAAGAAGCAAAGAAUACGGAGAGACGAAAGUCUUUACGAAUUGAGUCGGCGGCGAGAAAACUUGAGGAAAUCCAAGAAGGUGAAGCGAGACGGACACGAUUGGCCGUUUUUCAUGCUGUUAUCGGGGAGAACAAGCUCUGGCCUUCUGACGAUAAUGAGAACGACGAGAACGAAUGCUUCGAAAAGUUUCUACAACUCAUCAAGCCAAGCUUUACCGGAAAAGUUUCUCUUCGAGAAUUUCGUGGACAUGUUUUGGAUUUCUUGAACAGUCAAUUGUCCGAAGAGGACAGGAAUGUCAUCAAUUCAACCCUGAAGAAAAAGAGAUCGAAAAAAGAGCUGUUCACCCAAACUGUUGAGUUUUACAAUAAAAAUCAAUGA